AUGACCACUAAUACCGUUGAUCAUAUCCCGGGCCAGGCACCUCGACCGCCUCUUUCUCAUGGCAGCGAAACCCAGAUCACUUUGAUCAUCGCGCACCUGAGACAGGAGCAAGAGCCAAUCGUGGGAUUCUGGCAAGGCCUGCGACUCGAAGAUCUCUUCAGCGGGCUGCACUACAUCACGAACAUCUACUUGAAAACGCUACGGUUCUUUCAGGAGUAUCCGCCCUUCGAUACGAGAAAGGACAAUACCGCGCUGUGGGAAAUGGUGCCUGCUUGGACAACAAGGAUCUGCUCGCGGCCGAGAUUAACAGGGUGCCAAUCGAGUGCAUCGUGGGACCCUUAA